GGUUAUCGGUGUUAUUCCCUUACUCUUAAGAAGCAUUUUGUGACUGUUGAUGUAAACCUUCUUUGAAAUAUUCCAUUAUAAGUUAAAGAUGGGCGUACUGUUUAAGCUACAUCUAUGGAAAUGGAAGCUCCCUUGCCAAAGGCAUUCCCUUUAGAAUUUGAUGUUGAGAACUUGAGAUGCCUUUGUCACCUUAGAAGGAUUUCACAGAUUUAUUAGAGAAAAAGGACAAACGACCAUGUAUUAUAGACUAGUCUUCUUUAGUCCACACAGUCAGCUACUAUACUGAGGUUCUUAGUUCUUCUAAGUCUCUUGAAGUUGCUGAUGAUCUUCCUAUUGUGGUCUAGAAAGUCAAUUCAGGAUGCAUUGUCAAAUGAAAAUUCGAAACGAGCUAUGGAUGAAGAGAUGGAAGCCAUGUACUCUGGUGAUAUGUGGAAGCUAACUAAUCUCCCUUCAGGUGAGACUCUAGUCAACUGCAGAUGGGUGUACACUGUUAAGAUCUUGCCUGAUGGGUCAAUUGAUCGUUACAAAGCCAAGUUGGUUGCUAAGAGAUCUACUCAAAUUUAUGGGUUGGAUGUGAAGAACAUGUUCCUGCAUGAAGACCUACAUGAAGAAGUCUACAUGGAACACUUCUUGGGUAUGUUGCUCAAGAGGAGUCGUCUAAGGUAUGUAGGUUCAACAAGUUUAUAUAUGGAUUGAAGCAAUCACCAUGGGCUUGGUUUGAGAAGUUCAUUAGUGUGAUUGUAUCAUUUGGAUUAAAAAGGAAUAAAGUAGAUCACUAAGUCUUCUCAAAGUACUCCACCUCUGGCUUCAUACUACCGAUUGUGUAUGCCGAUGAUAUUAUAGUGGCCGGUGAUGACUUGGAGGGUAUUGAAAAGCUGAAGGCGUAUCUUCAAACUCAAUUUCAAAUCAAAGAUCUUGGUCUUC